AUGUAUGGAACUAAUUAACAUAAAAAUGGGAAGUUCUUGGAAUAGAUAUCGAUUAGGCCUAUGUCUUAAAGGCUAAUAAUAUUUUUAGAAAUUAUAACCUUGGUGGACAUAAAUUGGAAAUCAGAUACCAAAACUUUUAUGAAGUGAGUGAAAAAAAAGAAGGAAAAUUUAAUGUAAUUGUAUUUUCCUUUUGAUUUAUGCUCAUGCCUAAAAGAAUUCACGCACUAAAAUUUGCAAAAUCAUUUUUAACACCAAAAGGUUCAAUUAUUUCAUUAUACUUCUAUAACCUAAUAUUAAGAAAAGUUCAGCUUUUAUCAAAAUUAUUGAAUACCUUAAACCAAAAAUAAAAUAUAUCAAUAGUUUGAAACUUUGCUAGGCAAAACCUUAUAACAAAUUAUGA